AUGGGGGGUGCGGUGAGACGGACGCGGGCGGGGCGGUUCGGCGCGGCGAGCGCGACGGAGACGGCGAAGGCGGAGGACGAUGAGGUCGCGAGCGCGGAGGUUGGGGUCUCGGUGGGCGCGAGCGCGAUGGGUGGAGCUGAGGAUGAGGCGAGCGGGACGGCGUGCCCGUACACGGCGGCGAAGGAGGCGCUCGGGCUCGCUCCGCCGCCGCCCACGAGGCGGGACGAAAACGGGAAUCCGGCAAUGGUGGACAAUGUGUCGUUUCUCAAGUCGCUCAUCAAGGCGUCGCAGCAUCCGGUGGGCAUGCCGAUCGCCAUGCUCGAUUGGGCAGCAGAGAAGGGGGAGUGUGUGGGGAUUAAGAAUGCCAUUGGGCCGUUUUGCGUGUCCAUUUUGGACCCAGAAAUCGUGGAGUACGUGUGCUUCACGAACGCCAAAAAUUACAGAUUACGAAUGCUUCCGGACGCGUUUCGAUACGUGAUUCAGAACAAGGGAAUCACCGGAAGCGACGGGCAGUACAACCGCGACCACAGAUUGAUGUGUCAGAAGCCCUUCAUCAACUCGUUUUCGUUGGCUGAAUUUUCGAGCACGGUGGAGGAGCGCAUCGCGCACAUGUGCAACACUUGGCAACAGGCGCAUGCAAUGGGAGGUGGUAAACCGUAUGAGAUCAACAUUGACUACGACUCGCAGCAAGUCACGCUCGAUGUCAUCGGCAAGGUGGCGUUCGCAUACGAUUUCAAACGGUGCGAGGCGCACGAGGCAAAGACGCUUCGAGGCGAGGCGGAUGAGGAUGGCAACGUUUCCAAGCUUCUGGCCGCGUACAACGGGAGCAGUGAGAUCAUGGGGGAACUUUUUAUCACGCCUGGGCCGAUUUUAAAGCUCCAGAACUUCUUGGGUCUCGGUCGAGUGCGAGAGCUCAAGGAGCAAUACGCAAUCUUGGAAUCCGUGGGCACAAAGCUCAUGUCUGAGAGGAGGGCGAUUGUCAAGGAGCGCCUGGCGGCGGGUGACGAGGAGGAUUACUGUUUGUUAGACGUGUUGGUGAAGGCUAAGGACGCAGACGGCCAGCCGCUCUCCGACGCCGAUUUGUGGGGGGAUAUUAACGACAUCAUGGCUGCCGGUCACCGAACGACGGCUUCCAACUUUACGGUGAACUUGUGGCACGUGGCGAGGUACGAGCACAUUCAAGAGCAGAUUGAAAAGGAAGUCGCGGCUCUCGGUGGGCGACCGCCGACGUUCCAGGACGUGCAAGAGGGCAAGUUACCGUACACGCAGCGCGUGGUGAAGGAAUCGCUCCGUAAGUACGCGCCGAUCAACCUGUUCCCCCGCCUCGCCGAGGGACCGGACACGCUCCCGAGCGGUCACAAAGUCGAAGAGGGCGACUUCAUCCUGUUGUCCACGUACGCGAUGGGACGAAACCCACGAGUUUGGGAAGAUCCAAACAAGUUCGAUCCCGAUCGUUUUACCGAUGAGGCGCUGUACGCGCAGGCUGAGAAGCAAGCGUCCGCGGUGGCGAGAGGCGAUCCCGCCAAGCUCGAGCAAGCGCGCGAGCGCAUGCGUCGCCGCAUGAACGCCGGUCGUGACUUCACGUACACCCCGUUCGGCGCCGGUCCGCGCUCAUGCAUCGGCGGCGUCUUCGCCUUACUCGCCGCGACGACCAUGCUCGCCAGCACCGUUCAAAAAUUUAAGCUCUCCAAGGCGUCCCACUCCAAGGGCGCCGUCGGCGAGGAGCUCAACAUCAUGUACGAUACCACCAUCUGCUUCCCCGAGGGCGUUUGGAUCAACCUCGAACCGCGCGAGCGCCCGCUCGGGGCGUAA